AAAUUAUUAUUAUUAAAGUCGUUUUAAUUAAGUAUAAAUUUUCGAGCGAUUUACCGUGCGAGGCUGCAUCCUUGUAAGUUGCCAGAUCAAAUCCAAUCGAUCUGGCAACAGUUUCGUUAAUUUCAAAAUGGCGUCGUGCAGAAGGGAUCGUUCGGACUAGUACGAGUUUAGAGUGCGUGCGAUAUGGAGAUUUUCGAGAGAUGUUGCGGGUUUAUUUACGAGUCUCUAGAUACUCCGGUGGCUCUGUUGAUAGGAACUGCCGUGGUCGCAACGUUAAUUUAUUUUUAUAAUCGAAAAUUUCAUGCCAAGAAAUGGAACGAUGGCGUCUGUCAGGCGCCGUCUUGUUUACGAUGUAAUUCGGGAGACAGCUUUCGAGAGAGAACUGUAGGAAAAUUCCAGAAUUAUCUGGAAGAAUGUCGAAAUCCCGAAAUGCUGUCGGACUUAAAAGAGGCAAUUAUGGCUAAAAGAGAGAGUCCGGAGACCUUCAAAUCCCUUCAACGGCCUACAUUACUCUGGUUGAAGCGUAUAGAACCGAGAAGAUGGUACGAUGCGACUCACGUUCACGAAAAAGACGUCGAGAUACUAGAAAAUAACUUGUCCAUAAUUUUGGACGAGUUUCGUAGCCUGGAGGGAAAACCCGGUUGGAUCGUCAACCAGGCGAAUCCCGGAUGUUGGAGGAUCUACCACUUGAUGAGUCAGGGGAUCUUCACCGUCAAUGCCACCGCCUGUCCCCGGACGGUCGACGUGCUGCGACGACUGUCCGGUCUGAUGGUCGGGACGGUCUUUGGCUACGCCAGUUUCUCGGUGCUGGAGCCGGGGACGGCCGUGGCCCCCCACUUCGGAGCCUCCAACUGUCGGAUAAGGUGUCACUUGGGACUACAGGUCGAUCCCACUACUUGUUAUCUUGUGGUGGGAAACGAAAAGAGAUUUUGGGAGAAUGGAAAAUGUCUGCUCUUUGACGAUUCUUUUCUGCACAGUGCACACCAUGAGGGAACGCCGGAAAGCAAAUCCAGGGUAGUGCUGAUGGUCGACCUGUGGCAUUCCGAGCUGAACGAAGAAGAGAUCGGGUGCGUUCGUUCCAUUUAUUCAUCCGAUCUGAUAUUCGAAUGUACAUCUUUUACUAAUACAGAUUAAAUAUUUUAUAAUUAGUAUUUUCUGCCUUUGAUAACUUUUAACAAUAAUAUUUAUUGAUGUUCUAAUCUCAUGUGCCUUUCUUAAUAUAUGACAAAAUUACAUUCGAAAUAUUGGUAACUCAUGAAAUUUUCGUUAAUUAGUUAUAUUUAUCAUUUAAUUAGAUACAUACAAACAUUUUCGUUAAGAAUGAGGAAAAUUUAUUUAGAUGCAGUGUUUGAGAUUAUUUUAAAUAUUGGCGAAGGUAUUUUCACAAUGGAUGAGUGUUGCAUUGAUUUUGCGUAUGGCAGAUGCAAUAAAAACAAAUGUACUCUUGAAAAAUUUAGUAAGAUAUCUGAAAUUUAAAGAAAUUAAUUGUAGACCAUCCAUUAAUAUGAGUUUCAUAUUCUAAAAACAUUAAUAAAAAAAACACCAACAAAAUUGGCAUUUGUACUUAGAUAUUACUUCGAUCAACUGUAUAUGUUGAUUUUCCACGAGUGAAAAUAUCUAACGAAACAAGUUUUAUUAUGAUAACAAAUUACUUCAAUAAUAAACAUAAAUUAAAUAAUAUUUUGUUGAUAUUUCUGAAAUAUUGCACAAUUUUGUACAGUAUUUUUGCAUUUGAAAUUAGCAGAAUUUUGCACAUCUGUUGAUACAGUUCAUCUGAUGAUAAAAGAAAUAAUUUAAGCGAUUGAAGUUAUAUAAUUAAAGUGCAGUUGAAAUUAAUCGAGAAAUUUUGAAAGAAAUGAUCAAUUAAAUAUACUUUCGAUGUUUAUUGGAAUCAUUCUUUGUAUUGGUUUAUGUUCUAGAAGUAUUUGUUUUUGUGACUUACUGUUGAGUAUAAGUAAUAAGUAACACUUGUGAUGAGAUUUAUUUAAUGCAAUUUUAUUUGGAGGAUCGUCGUUUAGAGAUAAAUUUCUCUGUCACACCUUGCAUGAUUUCUUAUUGUUACAUUCUUUAGUUUUUAAAUGAAAUAGGAAGCAUGACUGUACAUAUUUAAGUGGCUUAUUACAUUAAAUUUGUUUAUCUAUGCAUAACAUAGUUUUAAAUCAUUUGAUGACAUUUUACUAUUUGAAACCCAUUCUGAUUAAACUGUGCAAAGUAGCAAUUUAAGUUGCUUCUUUCCUUGCUAUAUUCAAUUGUUAUUUAUAAAAAAAGUUGUCAGAUUAUCUUACUUUACUUAAAAACACAUAACUUAUAGAUAAUUUGCAAUCGAAAAAUAUUUAUAUAUAUAUAUAUAGAAUGAUGCAUCUAUUAGACUUGAGAAUGAAUAUUGAUGAUGAUAAAAUCUUUUUGUCGAUGAUUUUGUUGAAUUUCCAACAUGAGUAUCCAUUUUGUUACGUUGUGAUAAAUAGAAAUCUACUUAGAGCUAAUCCUUUCCUUCUUAUCCAUUGCAUUUCUUAGCUUUAAACUUUUGGUUGUGCAUAUAUUGUUGAAUGGUGAGAAAAAAACAGUAUAAAAUGUCUUGAGACUAUAUUUGUCCUGAUAGAGUAAACUUCCUGAUAGAGUAAACUUACAGUGAUGAUUCUUGUAGUAAAUUUUUUAUUCAACUCUAUCAGUUUAUUGCAUUGAAACUUGUUGCUGCCAGCCCAUUCUUGGUUAUUAUCCUUACAGAGUGUAGUAUGUAAUUUGUGUCUAACCUCAUCUGAUUUAUAAAGAUGAUUAUGAACAGUAUUGACAUUUCUAAUGGUAAGAAGUGUGGGAAUAAGUUGGAAACAUUUCGUAGAUCUUAUGUUGGUGAGUGAUGUGAUGUUUCUAUUGGAAGUUUAACAUUUCUAUGAUAGGUUAGACAAGUCUAUUAAACAAUAUAGCUUUCCAACUCUGUUUUUUUGACAUGUGAUAACCUUAUUGGUAUUGUGUGAUCAGACAAGAACUGAUAUUUUUAGUGUGAUAUGGCUGCCCUCUAUCGGUAUUGGGUAAGAACUCUUGACCAAACUUAUUUUAUAGGCAUUUUAAUCUGGGUUUUGAUAAGUGUCAAAAAUUAGGUAUUUAAUUUUGUAGAUGGAAUUGGUGAUAAAUUUUCGAAACUUCUAGAAUAUGAUUGUAAAGUAGCAAUUGUUAAUUUUUGACAUUGCAAGAUGACUACCGCAUUUUGUAUCACUUGACACAUGUGAUUGUUUAUUUUUUGUUCAAAUGGUCGGGAUGACUCCGUAGCAUUCUAAACACCUGGGUAGAAUGACAUUUAGUCAUAGUGUGCUUCAAAAUGAGUUUGUUAAAGGAACCGAUAGUGAAAUGUAUACUUGUAUUUUGCACAGAACACAGAAACCUACUUUGGAAACAACAUUAAAUUUCUUUGUCGAUCGGGCUGUCUAUCUGACUUUACAUUCAAUUGGUUGUUGACCGACACUUUGCUGUCUGAACACACAGAUUGAAAAGCCUUAAAAAAACCGGUAAUUUACGGAGCAAAAUAAUAAUUAUUAAGUGAUGUAAAAUUCUUUAUACUUACCCAGAACCAUAAAUUACUGUACAGACAGAUUAUUUGUUUUUGUUAAUUUAUAACCUAAAUUUAGUGUUUUGGAGUGUGUUUUUAUCUUUGGAAGCAAAAGUUUGAGUCGAGUAGAAAACGCUAUUCUUUUUUAUUUUAGAAAUUCUUAUAAAAAUAAAUGUAUUUAUUUGCUAAGUUUUGUGUGUGAUUGCUGUGAGACUGCUGAAGCUAAGCUUUUCUUAACUGGAUUAUAUGUUGGAAACAUGACAAAGAACAUUGAUUCUACUCAAGAAAUCUGUACAUUAUAAGAUACAAUACAGACUGAUUGUGUAAUUUUUUUCUUCAACAAGUGUUUGUAUAAUUUAGCUCAAACGUGACUAUGCAGUUCACAUAUUUGAAAAAAGAUGUGAACAAAGUAUGUAACUUUGGUCUCCUUUGAGUCAAAAGAGAAAUGUUAUCGGUUAUAUUUUUAAGUCUAUUGGUGGAAUUGUCCAGAAGAUAUGUUCUGAGAGAAUCUGUCAUGCCGACGUCAAAAUUUUAUUACACUGGAAGAAUAAAAAGGUAAGCAAAUGCCAUACAAGUGUUUCUUUUUUAAAAUUCUCCACGUUAUACAAUUCUUGUCAAGAUUAAAUCUCUCCGGGAGUAUUUGUACUAUAACUGUUGCAUAGAUAAGUACAAUAUUAGAAUAUAAUUGUCAAAUGGUUUGUUAUCUAGUUUUUGAUGUAGUUGGUACACGAGCAUGUAUAUGUUCUUACAAUAUAUUUGAUAUGUUUCCAGAUAUGUAUCUGUUCGUGCUGACUACAUCCUAAAAAGAUAAUGACUGUUUUGAUGUGUUUUAUUUAGAUCAAUAACCAUCUUGGAUUUGGGCCUUAUCUAUUUACAGGGUUGUUUAGUGUAAACUUAUGAUGAAAUUGAACUAAUUAAUCAUAUUUAGAAAAUAUUUUAUGCUAAUUUUUCAGUUAUUUGUAUAGAUUGCUGCAAUGAUGUGAUAUAUUACUUCAAGUGUUUAACUACUAUUUUUUCAGAUGUCUGGAUCAAGAUAGAAUUUACUUUUGCUACAAAUGAGAAAGAAGGAAAUACAUAAAGAAGGAAUCAACAAAGAAUAAAUCAUAGAAAGAAUCAACAUAGAAUAAACUAGAGAGUGAAGAAAAGAAAAAUUGUAAUAAUAUUUUUCAAUCGAGCGAAGAAAGAAUUUUAUUUUGGAACCAAAAAACUGAAUUGCUUAUCAUUGAUAUCCAUACAAAACUAAAUGAGAACAGAAAAAUAUAUUUAAUUUUUUCGUUCAGCUGAGAAACGAGGACGGCAUGUUUCGGUGCGAAGUCUGCAACAAGCAGUUCAUUUUCGAAUGUGAUCUAAAUUCUCAUAUGAGCACUCACAAUGGAGAAAAGCACUUUGUCUGUAACAUAUGCCAACUAAAAUUCAGUUGUAGGAGCAGUCUGCUGUAUCAUUCGAAGAUUCACUCGGGUGAGAGACCGUACACCUGCGAAGAGUGCCAACGCAGUUUCAGGCAGCGGGGACAUCUGAUAAACCAUCUUAGGAUACACAGUGGAGAGAUGCCGUUCUCCUGCUUGGUUUGUUCCCGGAGAUUCAACCAGAAAUCAAAUUUAACCACUCACUACCUCAAGAUGCAUGCCGGUGAAAAGGCACCACAGUGAGAACCAUGUACCUGCUGCCUUGGAAAGGGAAAUUGGACUUUUUACUUACAUUCAAACAGGCAAGAAAUGUUUUUUGUGAAAUUUUUAGAAAUUGUUGCAACAUAGAAUAAACUAUUGUUUCCUAAGCAGAUGGAAGAGUGUAGCAUUCAACUUAUAAAUUUUUUUAUAAGAAACCUAAAUUUUCCAUAGGUAAUUUUAUAUUUGACAAUUUUGUGUUUAAGAAAAAUAAAUUGUUAAAUAUAUUAAAUGACAUAUUGAAAUAUUUAAUUAUUAUGCAUGGUGUUCCCUUUGAAUGCCCCUAGUUUUGUAGAUAAUUUUGGGAAAAGAAACAUGAGUUUAGUACCAUAAACAACAGUAAUAGAAAUUACAUCUAAAAGUUAGUUACUACAUUAAAUCAGUUCAUUUCCAUAUAUGUUCUCAACAUUGCAUAUAUGAUAUUUGCUCUGUACUUGAUUUUAGGCCAUAUCUGAGCUGGCACAUUAUGAGUCAAGCUAUUAAUGGCAUCUACAAUUUUUAUACUUGGGCUCUUGCGUCCAGCACUUCUAUACCUUUGUUCUUUGUGGGCACUUUGCACGAUCCUCGAUGUGCCCACAAAGAAAGUUCAGAGUUGAUAUCAGGCGAUUCGGUGGAUCAAGAAAUGGGGCUCCAGUGGUUUAGACUGCGUGGCAGUAGCAGUCCUUUCAAGCAUAUGCGCACAAAACAAAUUUUAUUCACAUAUCUGAACAAAUAGAUUUUAUAGAACAGUUUGAAACUAGGGAUGUUUGAGGGGAACACCCAUAUUACAGUACAGUAUUGAGUAAAAGUUUUAGAAUUACUCGUAGAAAUUUUUACAUUAUACAUAUUUAAACAAACAAUAUGAAGUGAAAAACAAUUUACCGAACCUCCAAUUAACAUGUUCAUUGCCACUGGUGAAUAAAAGAUGAUCGAAACAUAAGAAACUUCUAUUUCAAUAUACACUAGAAUCUACUUAUUGUAAUCACUUUGAGACUUGCAUUGAUGACAAUCAUGGACAGAUAACAUUAAAUAGAGUUAAUCAAUUAUGCUUCACUUGAUGGAAAUUCUGGCUUUAUUGACUGUGACAUUAAAAUCACACGUUAAAACUGUUAAUAAAUCUUCAAGUUAUACAUUGUUUUUAUUAUUAUUACAGUAGAGCGUUGAUUAUCCGAAUCAAUUGGGG